UUUAAGUAUUUUUUACGAGUUUUAAAAUGAGGAAAUUGUAAUUAGUUGAAAUUUUAAUUUUAAUUUAAAUUACAAUGGAAAAUGUUGUAAUUAGAGACAGUGAUGAGUGGGACUCAAUAGAGUUUUCCCUUCAACUUCGCUGCCGCUCAUCUAGGGUUAGAUUACUUCAGGCCUGGAACGUAAUCAGGCCAGAAUCACUAUCUAUGUUUAACCGACGCAGCAAGAACAUGCUUGUUCUCGAAGCAUUCGUUGACACAGAAUCUCUCGAUCGCUCAAACUCAGUGCAGGAUGUGUGUACCAGGGGAUUCGAUAUUGGUGCUCCCGGCUUUCUUGUAACUUUUGGGAAUCUGAGUCUUUCUGGAUUCCCUCUAUUAAGCACUGAUUCUAAAGGGAAAACGCUUUUGGACAAUGAUACAUGUGCACUUGACCCGAACGGUAACCCAUUGCCUUCUAAAGCUCCUUCUGAUUUUACCUCUUCAAUUUAUGGCGAGAAGAGGGUUUUCGACUACUUCGUUUGCGAUGUCGGAGUAGGUAAGUCUUUGGAGGUUCCUGACGUAGUUGAGGCUCAAAGAUCCAGAGUAUCGAUGCCCGUAGAAUAUGACUCUUACUUUCUGACAAAUUCAGAAAAUUUGAGACUUGAUUCUUUAACAGUUUUUGCUGGAUCAAAUGAGACCGAAAAUGGCUCCGUGGAACUUUCUAGUGAAGCUCAAUCCAAGGGUGUUUUACCCCAAAACACCUUCAAGCAUAAUUACAUAAUUUACGACUCAUCACAGAUUUUACCGAGAUAUUUAAUUCAAUUUGAGUUUGACCCUAGUGCUGAUGAGUCUUUUGCACUUCCUCUCUGCGAUAACUGUCAAAGUGAUGUGUCCACAAUAUACUGUCCUUCAGAUAGCGCAAGGAUUUGCUCCAAGUGUGAUGUUCGUCUUCACUCUAACAAUAAGGUUGUUUCACGGCACAUUAGGGUCCCCUUAAGCGAGAUGCCUAGGCCUUACUCCAAGUGUAGAAUUCACCAGACAAAGUCAUAUCAUCUUUACUGUACUGUCUGUGAAACUCCAAUUUGCCAACUUUGCACCGUCAAUCACAUACACGAACUAGAAGGUUCAACUUCUUUUAUUCCUAUUUCAACUGCUUAUGAGGCUGUGGUUCAAAAUUUAACCUCCACUACUGACUUUUCUUUGAGGGAGAGGAAGAACCAACUUUUGGAUAUUCUCAAAAAGGUUGACGAGGUUAAAACUCAAGUUUCUACCAAUUGCCAAAAUGUUGAGGCCCAGUGUUACGAGAAGCUUGAAUCUGCACUCAGUGACCUUAACAGGAUGGUCGAAUAUUCUCUAGAAGUCGUUUCUACUGAGCAAACUGAGAAUAAGAGACAGCUUAAUGAGAUUAACUGGUCCGAAUGCUUUGUAGAUUACAUGAGGAGCACUCUUUUACCUGCUGAUUAUCUCAGGUCCUGGCUUCGUCAUUGCAGACUCAGGGAUGAAUUUGCCCUGAACAGCUCACAACAACCACUCAAAGAACUAUUUCCUGAUAUAUCUCUUGAGGCUGAGCUCAGCAUAAUUCCAAAAGACACACAGACUCAUUUCCAAACUAAGAUUCAUACAUAAUGUACCAUAGACUUUAAAAGCCACCUCAUUAAACUAAUGCAACUGCACAUGUAUAAAAUAAUAUAUAUACCAUAGAAUAA